CGAGUCGUAUCAACACAAGAAACCCAAAAAAUAUAUAACAACAACAACAUAAGGUGGGAUUUAAAGUCAGAACGAGGUGAGGAUCAAAAUUCACUAAACUUUCUUACAUUGGUUUUGAUCAGCGGUGGGAGUCAGGGUCAUCAUGGCUUAAACAAGACGUCGGCAAAAUUUUUAAGGAGGUGAUGCCUCAACUGACAUUGUCGGCAGCCAUGCAACUGGUAUUGCUGCUGUCGGCCUUCCCGGCUCAGUACUUUAUCCACAAAUGGUGUGGAAACACAGCAGAGGAGCGCCUUCGUGCGUCCUCACAGUUAAUUCAAGAGUGGAAAGAGUGGAGCGGUUCUCACCUGGACGUUUCUGUGUGGCACGAGUGGACCAUGCGGCAGAUUUCCAAAUUCUGGUCUGCGCUCGGUCUGGACGCUGAUGAGGAGGACAUGUCGGACACCAUGAACAAGAUGAUGUAUGACAACGACCAGGGAUUCUUUGGAGCGUCUAAAGCGGUGCGCAGUCCACGGCCGCCUUACGUCUUCCUGCGGGUGGGCGAGGUGGUGAUGGAACGUAAAGGCCACCGGGUCGGCGUGGUGGUGAGCUGGGACACCGAGCUGAGGGCCCCCGCUGAGUGGGUGGACAGGGUGUACAGUGGAACGAAGGAUGUGGCUGCAGAGAAGACUCCUCAUUACAAAGUUCUGUUCAGCGGGCCAAGACCGAACCAUGUAGUGGUGGCCUACCUGCCGCAGACUCAACUCAGACGCAUCACGAGAACCAAACCAAACAUUGCCAUCUUGGAGAACUACUUCACUCAUUUUGACGGCGACCGCUUUGUGCCUCUACCGUGGCUGAAAAAGAUAUUUCCCGAAGACGACAUCGACAAUGACUGAACGUCGUGGCUCCUGAGAUGAUGACGAUUAUUCCAGUUUAGCAGGAGCUCAUUCGAAUGUAUCAAGCGACAACGCAGUACUGUGUACAAGUCUUAGCCACCAUUACCUUUUUAAUCAAACGGCAGCCAUUUUGUCAUAACCGUAAAAUACAGUGGAAACUCAAACUAGGUACUCAUGAAAACAGAACUUUUUAACAUUCUUAAUGUCCUCAACAUUAUUGUCGAAUAACAAAAGUGUUAACUCAUAUCGUACAUUCAUUCUUUUAACAUUCUUCAAACGUGCAAAUAAUUUGACAACUGGCCCACAACAUACAGGAGGGUUAACAGCCCAAUGUUAGGCUGCUCUUAUAGUGUCAAAUGCAAAUGCUUGCAAAGUAUCCAGCUGAUGCUUGCAGAAUUGAGGUACAUUCUUUCAGUUUUCAAUUCCGAAUUGUACCACUUCAGGGGGAAAAUUAUGUCGCAUGACUUUUGCACAGUGCUGUACAUGCACAGCUUUGAAUGUAUAAUUAUGAAUGUAUGACUUCAAAUAAAUGACAAUACAGUGAA